AUGAUGCGGAAGCUCGCGUACGCGUUCACGGACGAGCUCAGCGAGUGCGUCGCGGCGACCGCGGCGAACAGCUAUCGCGUCAGAACCGGGGAGAUGGUCGAGGCCACGGUCGUGAGCGAGGGGCGCCGAGGCGAGUAUCUCUUAAAGCUCGACGACGGCGCGUUCGCGUGCCUUCCCGCGGAGGAGGGCAUCCCGGAGAAGCGUUACGGCCAGGGCGACCGCGUCUCCGCGCUCGUGUUGGGCGUUGAGGACCAGACUUGGGCGGCGGACAGACGCGCGCCCGUGGUCGUCUCCACCGCCAUCGCGGGGCUCCUCGCGGAGGUGUUAAAGAAGGAAGUCCCGGAGGUGGCGACGGGUGACGUGGUCAUUCGAUCCGUCGCGCGCGUGAGCGGGAAGAUGUCCAAAGUCGCGGUGUCGCGCAGAGACGGCGCGGUGGGAACAUGGGACCCCGUGCUCGCGUGCGUCGGCGAGAACAACUCGCGCAUGCUCGCCAUCCGCGAGCGGCUCGGCGGCGAGACGUGCCAGAUUCUGACGUGGAGCGACGUGCAGGAGGAGAUGGUCGCCGAGGCGCUCUUCCCCGCGCAAGUCGUCAGGGUCGACAAGGCGUUGGAGGAGGCGGACGAACACGGGGGGAAGGAGUUUGCGAUGGAUAAGUACGUCGCGUACGUGAACCAGUUCGACGAGGCGAAAGCGAUCGGCGCGGGCGGGAUCAACGUCAAGCUCGCCGCCGCGCUGUGCGGGUGUUUCAUCCUGAUCGAGAGGUACGAGCCGGGGAACGCUCACGAGCGACGCGGCGGCGGCGAGUUUCGAGGCGACGGCGGACGCGGCGGCGGCGGGUGGGACGACGCGGAGGAGGACGUCGACGCGUUCAAGAUGCCGUACCCGGACGACGACGACGACGACGACGACGACUAUCUGAGCGAUCUGAGCAACUUGAACCGCAGGACGCGAUCGAUCAACCUCGAGAGCGACGGCCUGGACGAGCUCGGGUGGCCGACGGAUCGAGCCGACCCGAAGACGCCGCCGCCGCGGGAGGAGACGGCGUUUUCGCGCUACCGCACCGGCGGCGACGUCGAGCUCGACGACCUCGGCUGGCCCGACCUCGACCCGCCGUCCGCGGCCCCGAGGGUGGAUCCCGAUCGCGGUCGCUUCGACGAUCUGAUCGCGGACGAGUUGAUCGCGGACGACGACGAGUUCGGGUUCGAUUUCUUGAGAGACGCGGAGGGCGCGCUCGAUCGAGACGCGGAGGAACGCGGCGUCUUCGACGACGACGUCGCCGUCCCGAGGGACGCCGCGGACGACCCCGCGAACUGGGAGGAAGUCGGCCCGGGGAAGGUGGGCGCGGUGAUGUUCGGGAGCAACCUACGCGCCGGGAUCACGGGCGCGUGCACGUUCAUGGGCGACCCGGAGCCGACCGAGGGCGCGGGCGCGGCGGACUUUUUGGACGACGAGUUCAUCCCGAACGAGACUCGAACGUUCGGCGACGACGCGGACGAGGACGGCGAGUUGGGGUACGACGACGAAGACCUCUGGUAGCGUACAGUAGUUUUUACCACCGAAUUACCGUUCUUUAAUUAACUAAUAACGUGCUGUUCACGCCU